AGAUAGCCGGCUGGUCGUGAGAGAGGAGCCUCCCUUCCCGUUCGCCCGUGUGAGCCAGCCGCGCGAUCUCUUCGACUGGACACUACGCCGCUAUCCAGUUCCAUCACGGCCGAGAUACACCGGGAAAGUGUCGGUUAAAGUGCUCGUGACUCUGCCCACUGCUACAUCGCUCGCUACGGAAAAUGGCAUCUGGAGUAACAGUCGCGGACGUUUGCAAGACAACGUACGAGGAGAUAAAGAAAGACAAAAAGCACCGAUAUGUGAUUUUCUACAUCAAAGACGAAAGGCAGAUAGAUGUUGAAGUUAUCGGACCUCGCGACGCGGCUUACGACGCUUUCCUUGAGGAUUUACAGAAGGGCGGUAGCGGGGAAUGCCGUUAUGGCCUGUUUGACUUUGAAUAUACCCAUCAAUGUCAGGGUACUUCCGAGGCAUCCAAGAAACAGAAAUUGUUCCUGAUGUCGUGGUGUCCUGACACGGCCAAGGUUAAGAAGAAGAUGUUGUACUCGAGUUCCUUCGAUGCUUUGAAAAAGUCGCUGGUCGGUGUGCAAAAGUAUAUACAGGCGACAGACUUGUCGGAGGCAUCCGAGGAGGCUGUCGAGGAGAAACUUCGAGCUACCGACAGGAAUUAGGAGUAUUCCAGCAAAACCCAAAACCACUAUUACGAGAUAAGAAAAAAGAAAAUCAAGUGGAAUACAGUACAUCGCGAAUUAACUUCCCAGAAACAAAAAAAAACAAUGCUCUAUACUGUCGUUGCAUCGAGGGUUCACGUUUUUACACAUUUUUCACUUUUAAACGAGACCGAUUAUCAAGUAUUUUGCGCUACAUAUGUUAGUCAUCAUGGGAGUGAAUAUUAUAGCAAAAGAAAAUAGAAAUGGAAAAAAGGAAGGAAAAAAAAACAAAGGGCAAGCAUCCCUUUUCAUACUGCGGACGUUGUGUGAAUCUGUCUAAUAUUAAUAUUAUACUAUAUUAUUAUAUAAUUAUAAGAUAAUUGUACAAGAAUACAAAACAAUUUACAACCAGUCAAGCAGUAAGAUCCAGAAUUAUUACACUUUUUUUCUCACUGGCUGUACAACAUUUAAAUUAAAUUCAUUUCAUUAUGACUCCUUAUGAUGUCCUGUCAGUAAAACCUAUUGUAUUCUCAA